AUGAGAUUGAGAUGCAAAAAAGUGGUACUCGCCUGCGGUAAAAAUCACUACAGAACGCUGGACGUUGAAGGAGAAGAGGAAGAGCCACGUUUGGUGUACGACGUGACAGCGUUGAAAGUUGUUUUAUCACGUCAAGAUGAUAUUGAUGGAUGUUGCGCGUCAACCAAGCAACCAACCGAAACGAAGCGAGUUAUCGUUAUCGGUGAGGGUAUCUCAGCUGCAGAUGCCAUACUGCAUUGCCUUUCGAUUGGAGUGCCCGUUUUGCAUGUGAUGAGGCGCAACGAAAAACAAAUGAGACAGUUGCUCAUCUCGCGAUUAUCCGCAUCAAUGUAUCCAGAAUAUGCACGGAUUUAUCGCCUAAUGACAGGUCGACUUCAUGAUGCACUCUAUACACGCGCUACAAGCACCAUUGUAACAUCGAUUAAGCAUGGUUUCGUGCAUCUGAAAUCUGUUACUGGCUGUGAGAGAAAGGUAGGUGUACUCGUAUUGCGAUUUUUGCUCACGAAUGAUCAAUUGCUUCUUCAAAUAUGUCUUCAAAUUCAAAUAUUUUUUCGAAUAUGA